AUGUACGAGUUUCCACUUCGUCGUCAAAUCGAUGUGAACGACGCAAGGCGCAAAGUUGAUGGAUUUACAAAAGCCGGAUACAAAAUUGUGGAUUGGUACGAGUCGCAGUGGUGGUUAGAUGCCACAAAAAAUGGAAGCUCCAAAUGGAAGAGUGCAGCCGGUAGAAAUCGAACCAAAGUUUAUAUCUAUCCUUCGUAUAACCAUUUUGAUGAUGUUGCAUCAACGGUUAAAACCACCACCGUUCGAACUACCACAGUCAAUAGCACAACCACCGAUGAUGGAGCUUAUAUCAUUUUACCAGGACCGGAAGAUGUCAAUGACUUCAAAGACGGAUUGUAUCAAUGGUCAGUGACAUUGACCGCUCGAAUGUGGCCUCCCAUUGAAUCUGGCUCUCCAAAGCGAUUUCUUGGCUUACCAGAAAUUGUUUGGUGGGGAAUCUUGAGCGGAUGUCUCAUCGUAUUCUUUAUACUAGUCUUUUUAAUAUUCUUAUUUUGCUGGUUUUUGCCACGACGUCGACAAAAGAAAUUGGACCUAUCACAAAAUUCAGUAGUUACUCGAGAUUCGACCGGCCUAUCGUCGGCCAAUAGUACUGGAGUCAUUUUUCCACACACAGCGAUCGGUGUGAAGCCAUGGUCAAAUCUCUUGACAAAUCCAUCUUCUGUGUGUAAUUCAGUGCAAGCAUCACAGUACAAUUCCCCACCAAUACAAUCACUCACCUCAUCAUCGAUGUAUCGGCAUCAGUAUAUGCUUAACUAUCAACAAUUUCCAUCGAGUUCGAGCUGUGGCGUCAACAGUAAUGCAUCGAGCUUUGACGAUUAUUCAUUUCAAAAUAUUCCCGAUACGCAUAAAUCGAUGUGGGUCCUAAAUCCUAUGUACGCUUCAACCAGUGCAUUUAGCGAAAGUGAGACUAGUUAUCGAACACGUUCGCUUCCAGCAUGGGGCAAGAUGAAACAACGGCCAGUCACAAUAACCGAUGACAUUGCAAAUCUUUAUGUGAAGAUGAAUUUGAGUAAAAAACGUCGCAAUCGAAUGCGUAAUGAUGAAGCGGCCAUAAUUGCGUUGUGCCGAUCUCGUUCGCAAAAUUUGUCUGGGAUACCGUUUGAACGCGAAGGAGUUGUUGUUUACGAUGAACGUACUGAGCUGUAAUUUGUGCUAGUGAUCUGGGAUGCAAUACAACUGAUGCAGUGGUUGACAGUAAUCACAUUUUACCUUAAUAAACGACCUUAACCAAUUUAUAUAAAGUGCUGACAACAAGUCAAAAUCCUGGUACAACGAAGAAAUGUCGAAAAAGUUUUUUUUUUUGAUCGAGCAUGAUUUCGUUUUGAUGCAGCUGCUUUGUAUAGCAUUUACUCUCCGAUAUUUCAAAAAGCUAGGAUAUUGUGAUUCAAAGAUCUCCAUAACUUUUUGUCCCAUUCUAAAUGAAUGGUUUGGAGCGAAAAUGUAAUACAGAAAAGUUGAGCGGAAAAAUGUCGAUGAUAAAU